AUGGCACCUGCUCGGAGGCGCGCACUCCACGAGCAGCAGAAUCUCACCGUGCAGCAAUCAGAACAAGUUACAGCCCAUGUUCCACAGGAUGUCGUCGGCAACCAGGAAGUCGAGGCUGAGCUGUUCAUUGACCCAAUGCUGGGCAUCCCCCUAGCUAUCUACAUUGACAAGGACGUGCAAGACAGAGACAUGUUAGUUGAGCUGGUUACGAAAUACGGAGGGAUAGUGUCUCCAGGCUACAGCAGUGUUCCCUAUGUGUUAGUUGACCCUCUCAAGCCGUCAGGCCAGAACCUUUAUCGUCAGUAUGUGAGCAAGAAAGGAAAGAUUAUACUCGACGCUCGCUGGAUUCAACAAUGUAUCAACGCUGGCCAACUGCAAACAUUCCACACCAACUGGGGUGGUUGUAAAGUUACAGGAGAAGAGAUGCAGCCCGCCCCGAUGAUGCAGCAACAGCAACCCCAGACUAUAACUCAUGUCCAACCGAGUCAGACAGUCCAGCAUUCCGCCCCACCGCAAGCGCCCCAAGAGCUAGAAAUACCACCGCCCGUCGCUGCCGUUGUCCAGCCCGCGUUCGGAUACCCUAUUUUCAUCGCCCAGCCGCGCCCCAUACAUCCCGGACAAGACGCUACCGCCCAGGCGUGGCAAGCCCAGUCAACUAUGGCGAUCCCGCAGACUCACAUCGCGCCACAGCAAACGCAGCACAUGCUGCAGCGCGCAACUCAACAAGCUUGGGAAGGCUACGACGCUCAUACCGGCGCCGCUAUCACCGCGGAUCCCGGCGCGUAUGAUUACCGAUACAGAGAUGAGCAGUGGACGCAACCCCAUCGCAAUGACUACUACGAGUCUCUCUUUGAGGAUGAUGGCACAUAUGAACAGCCGCCACAACCGUACAUAGAACAGCAACCUACGCAGUCUGAUGACGCCAGUCCAUCGCAGGCAGUUGAGACGGCGGAACGGCCGCGCGGGCGGAAGCGAACUCGCUCACAGUUCAACGCACCCGCAGCCCCUGCCUCAACGCUCGUCACAAAUCGCAAUCCCCCGGCGCGCUCACCAACUCCGCCAACCCGUAUCAUCAAGAGCACUUACGGCGGUAACCUAUUCACGGCAGACGAUGUCAUGUACCUUAAGAAGUACAUAGACUACUGCCAGGAUCAAGGCCUAGUACUCAGUCUUCGUGAGAUAUGUGAACGAAUAGCCAUCAAGGCACCCCACCAUACGUUCUAUUCUUGGAGGCGAUACUGCAAUAAACACCAAAUUCGGCUGGGUGGCUACGUGAUGAACCAGCCUCGCGUCAUUGCCUCUUCUGAUCAACAAGUGACUGGCGAGGAGCAAUCAAUCGACGACACCGCGAUGUCUAUCGACCUCGAGCCGGCUCCUGUUGAUCUUUUAGUGCAAUCGCAAGAACAGCCACCCCCGCCGCUUGAAGAACCGCCCCCGAUUGAUACGUCGCAGUCCCGGAACCGCUCGCCCACACCGCCUCGGGCGCUGUUCAGAAGCACUACGGGAAAGGGCGUGGCGUUUACAGACGAGGAUAUUAAUUUUCUGGUUCGCUUCAUGGACUACCGGAAAUCACAAGGACCGCUGGAUAUGGUUUUGUUCUGGAAGGAAGUCGCCGCGAAAGCACCACAUCACUCGCGCGCGUCGUGGAUGAAAUACUGGCGGCGCCACAAGCACGAACUCAAUCGCACGGACACUGAUGCACCGCUGCCCGCACCGCCCGACAAGAAGAUGAGAUACAGUCGAGAAGAUGAUAUCCUCCUUGCGAAAUACUUUGCUGAGAAACCAGAAGGCACAUCAGACAAAGUAUUCCAAGCCUUUGGCCGUUUGCAUCCCCAUCACCCAUGGAAAGGCUGGCAAGAACAUCACCGAAUCCACAAGGCCAAAAUCGACCACCUGGUGAAGCAGAUACACGAAGGUGUAUUCAUUGAUGUGGAGAUGGCCGCUGCCCUCGCCUGA